UCGUGGUAAGUUAUUAACAGUGUUCAUCGCCUCACUUGUAAACAUUAAGUCGACUAAAAUGUGUUACUUAAAAUAAAAACUUGGAGGAUUUAAUACUUAACUACGUCAUUAACACUAUAUAAAGAUGCGAGUGGAUGGACAUAAGAAAGAUACAGGAGGCCACCCCACACAAACAUCUCCCACCACAACACAAGAUUAAAGCUGUAUAAAACAGGAGGCAGAACAAUUCCUCACAACUGUACAAUAAGUCAGUACAGUAUGAGGAUUAGUGAACAUCUUCAAAAGAACAUUGUAAGCAAGAUUAAGGUAAAUUGUCAACUCUCCAAGUCUUAAGUUACAAAUUUGAAAGGCAAGUUGGUGUUCUAGGAAACAGUGAGAAUAAAAAGAACAUUCACACAAGUGAAUCGUCUCCUGAAAAUACCAAUUAAGUGGUGCACUGUGUUAUAUAUUGUUUAAAUACAGUAUGAUGAGGGUUGCAAUGUUUCUACCUAAACAACUACCUUGUGACUCUUAUGCCUGUGUACACUGCUGAUAAGCGUUCCAUUAUAUAAAUGCGACAAGUGUUUGUCUGCCGUGCUUGUAUACUGGUGAGACAAAGUUUUCUUGUAAAUAUUCCUCAUACAAUAGUGAGCUCAAGAACCGCAUACAUGUGCAGAAUUAUUAAUGCAAAUUUAGCUGUGAAGAGUGGAUAACUUUUUUAUACAGUCAAAAGUUACCCAAAAGUGUGUACACUGAGGGAAAUAUUUUCUUGUAUGGAGUGUUGUAAAGUUUGUAAAAGAUGGCCCAGUUUAUGAAUCAAAUAGCUGGACAUGGUGGCCAAAAUAAUUAUGAGUGUGUACAGUGUGGUGAUUUAUUUUACAGUAGUGAUUCUCUGAAGAUGCAUACCUGUAUGGCCGAACACAUUGAUGAGAUAAAUAUUAAGUAUGAAGAAGUUGAUGAAAGUUUUAACAGUAACUUUGAUGUGACACAACAUGUGACUGUUGAUGAGAAAGAUAUUAAGUGUGAAGAGUUUGAUGAAAGUUUUAACAGUAACUAUGAUGUGACACAACAUGUGACUGUUGAUGAGAAAGAUAUUAAGUGUGAAGAGUUUGAUGAAAGUUUUAACAGUAACUAUGAUGUGACACAACAUGUGACUGUUGAUGAGAAAGAUAUUAAGUGUGAAGAGUUUGAUGAAAGUUUUAACAGUAACUAUGAUGUAACACGACAUGUGACUGUUGAUGAGAAAACUCGUAAAUGUCUGGAAAGUGGUAAAAGUUAUAACCAAAAGGAACAACUAAAGGAACAAAUAGUUGUACACACUGGUGAAAAGAAUUUUAAGUGUGGAGAGUGUGGUAAAAGUUAUUACAGGAAGAGCCAUCUGAAGAGCCAUAUGGUUGUACACACUGGUGAGAAGAAUUUUAAGUGUGGAGAGUGUGGUAAAAGUUACCAGGAAGAGCCAUCUGAAGAGCCAUAUGGUUGUACACACUGGUGAGAAGAAUUUUAAGUGUGGAGAGUGUGGUAAAAGUUAUUCCAGAAAGGGCGAACUGAAGAGCCAUAUGGUUGUACACACUGGUGAGAAGAAUUUUAAGUGUGAAGAGUGUGGUAAAAGUU